GUGUCGCUAGAGUCUCGCGUCGCUCUCAGUGAGCGGAACUGAGGAAGAGCAGAGCGCGUGUGUCAGACGUGUGUUUUUACUUUCAUUAUGAGAUUUCUGCAUUAUUUGAUCGCUGUGUGAAGCUUGAUCGGGAUGGAGACUGUGGCGAACGGUGACUGCAGCGCUCAGGCGCCUGUGGAGUCCAUCACUGUUCAUGAUUUCUCGGAGAAGAUCCUGGAGCAGCAGGUUAAUUUCCAUGUGAUGAAGCUGAGCGGCGGAUUCUUCCUCUGGAUCGGUUCCAACCCGGUUCUGUCGAAUCUGGCCGUUUCCAUCGUCAGUAAAUAUGAUUCAAUGCCUCUGUCUACUCUGGUGCUGGGCGACACGUCAGACACGACACCAAGCUCUCUCGCGCAGAGACUGACAAAGAAGACAAAGAAACAGGUAUUUGUAAGUUACAAUUUACCCAUGACGGACUCAAGUCUUGCAUUACUGGUGGAGGACAGAAUCAAAAAGGAGAUGGAGCUUCAUCCUGACAAGUUUUAAACAUUCACUGUUUUACUUCAUGGCACUUCUUUUGUACAUAGCUCAAUAAAUCUAACGCAAAAAUUA